AUGGAUGUUCAUGGUUCCUCUCUGCAAAAGAUGCCUGCUGCCCAUCGCGCCUUGCCUUCUUUUCCUGCUGCUUCUGCUGCUCAAAAUGGCGACGCUGCUGCUCAAAAUGACGAUGCUUCCAACACCGGCGAAAACAAUCCAGCCCGCGCUUAUGAAAACAAGGAAAACACCUUGAACUUGCUUAGUUCGUCUUUGGUUCUGAACUCUUCUCCUUCGAAUUCUGGAAAACCUACUUUGAUCACCAAGAUAGCUUAUAAACCUUCCAAAUUGAAGUCGCGAAGAAGGUCCACAAGACCAAGAACCACUCCGGUCUCCUACUUUCCAAACGAUGCUGACGAUUUUGAGGAAGAGCUUAUAAUCGAUUCAGAUUCAAAUUUGCUGUCAAAGAGAUCUGAGUUACACAAGGAUUCUGCUUCUUAUGCUUCCUAUAAAGAAAACAACUAUAACACAACUGCUAACGAUAAUACCACUGCUACUAGUAAUAAUGUUAAUUACAAUAAUAAUAAUUACAAUAAUGAUAAUGAUGAUCAUGAUAACAAUAAUGAUAAUGAUGAUAAUGAUAAUGUUAAUGAUAAUGAUAAUGUUAAUGUUAAUAUUAAUGUUAAUAAUGAUACUACUAAUAUUAAUGAUGAUAACAAUACUGAUAAUAUCUCUACGAAAAACUCUGACUUUGCUGCUAAUUCUGACUCAUUAUUUGUUAGAAACCCGGGAACAAAUCAGCUCGAAUUUGUUGAACCAAAACUUGCUCAUUCUCUGCCUGGUGUGACCGGUUAUUCCUUAAGCACUUUACCUCCUCCAAAGGUAAGAAAGGACGCUUUAUGGCCUUCAACUUGGAAAAAACUGAAACUUUUAAACAAAUUAAACAACUUCAAUCAAAAUCAAAAUCAAUUUGAUUUUAAAAAUUUUAAAAAUCUUCAAUUAUCUCAUCUUGAAAACGACUCAAAGGACUUAAAACACAUUAAUGGUUUAACUGGUUUAACUGGUUUAACUGAUUUAGCUGAUUUGAUUGAUUUAAAAAAAUUGGGAAACUUGAGAAAUUUAAAGGAUUCAGAGUUAACUAAUAACAAUUUAAAUAUCUCAACUUCUUCUGCCGACACUAACAAAAGAAGAAAAUUCACUAAAAAAUCUACAAGAAAACCUGGUCCAGGUAGAGGUCACAAGAAAUCAAAUUUGAAAAUCAAAGUCCCUUCCUCUCAAAAAUUACCUCCAAAUCUGAACAAUAAUUCGGUUUCUCCAAUUUCUAAUUUUGAUAUCAAUAUCAAUAUCAAUAACAAUAACAAUAACAAUAACAACAACGAUCUAUCUUCAAAUUCAAAUUCAAAUUCAACCUCAACUUCCCCUACUCAUUCAUUUCAUACCUCUUUUCUUAAUCAAAAGGAAAUCGACCUCUUGAUUGAAAAAAAAAACGAUAACGCGAUCUUUCAAAAGGAAAUUUCAUUAAACAAGAAUUUGAAAACUAAAAAAUCCGAAAACAUUACUUCUUCUUCUACUUUAAGAACUGGUCUAAUAAAAGGCUUGAAUCCUUCUUCAAAAUCUGGUUUCGAUCAAUAUAAAGACAAAUUCGAUUCAAAUAAAAAUAAAACCUAUAUUCUACAAAAUUUUAUUCAAAAUGAGUAUGAGAGGUUAAACGAAUACCUCAACUUGAGCAAUUUAAAUAAUCCUCUACAAAAUCCCUUACACAAUCUUAAUUUAACUUCAACUUCAACUUCAACUUCAACUUCAAAUCCAAUCCUAUCUGGCAGAAAAAAUAGACUGUCAAGAUCUACAACCCCAAAUAGUCUUUCAAAUAAUAUUACCACAAAUUUAUCAGCAAAAAGAAUAAAAAAAUUAAAAGUUAAAAAAAAUGAAUUAAAUCCAUUCGGUUUUACACCUCCUGAACAGCUAAUGGGAAAUUUCAAGUUACAAAACAAUGAUAAUGAUAUAACAAAGAAUAAUGAGGAUUUUUGUGCAGCUUGUGGAGAACCUGGAAUCUUUGUAUGUUGUGAAUCGUGUCCAAAAUCAUUUCAUUUUACUUGUUGUAAUCCACCAUUUGAAGAAGAUAACAUUCCUGAUGGAAGCUGGUAUUGUAAAGAAUGUAAAGUGAAUAAACUUCCAAGCAGUUUUUUCAACAAGUUAUAUGGGAAUGAAUAUAAGAAGAUGGGAAUAUUUAAUAAGUUAUUAAGACAAGUUGAAAGAGUUAAUCCAAGAUCUUUUUUAUUACCAAAAAAGAUCAUUGAUAGAUUUCAAGGAGUCAGCAGUAAUAAAAUUGGGGAGUAUCAAGAUUUGAAUACUAAAAAACCAACCAAUUUCACUAAAAGAAAUAAAUACGAAGACCAAAACGAUAAUAAAUUAGUCUUUGAUAAUAAUGGAGAGCCGUAUGUUUGUUAUAGGUGUGGGAAAUGUGGAAUAGCAGAUAAAACUAUUAUAAUUUGCGAUUAUUGUGAUGUAGUGUGGCAUCUAGAUUGUUUAGAACCUCCAUUAUCAAUAGUUAAAACACUAGGUAAAAAAUGGAGAUGUCCCUUACAUAUUGAAGACUUGCUACCAAAAGAAAAAAGAAAGUUAAAGAAACCAAGAUAUGUUGAAGUUCUGACGAGAGGAUUUAAAAAUGAUGGAAAUAUUGAAAUAAUAAAUGAAACAGAAACAGAAGAGUAUUUUGCAAAUUUGGAGAAAUUAAAACAAGCAGCGAGAGAAAAGACUUCAAAAAGUUUCCAGCUCGAUUUAUUCAUGAGUGAUGAAAUUAAUAGUGUCAAUAAUGUUGAUGAUGUUAUAAAUAGUAUUAAUAUUAAAAAAGAUAAUAAUAAAAGUGGUAAUGGUGUGAACAAUGAAAGUAUAAUAAUUUCUGAUAGAACAAUGAGUGAAGGCACUUCUGGGAAUGGAGGUGUUGUAAAUAAUAAUGCAAAAGAAAAAAUUGGUAAGAUCAAAAUUAGAAAUGAAAAAAAUGGAAAUAUUAAUCACAGUAAUGGAUAUAAUGAUAAGAGAAAGUAUAAUAAUGGUAAUAAAAGUAAUAGGUAUAAUCAUGAUAUUAUUAAUAGUGACAAUAAUGCUAAUAAUGAUAGUUAUAGUUCCAACAAUAUGGUGGACUUGCCUAUACCACCAUUUUUUGAUUCAGUUGAUAAAGGAAAUGGAGUCUCGGCAAAUAUGGGAAAGGAGAUGACAAAAAUCGUUGAAAAGCCUGAAGACAACGUUUAUGUGAUGAGUGAAAAUGGAGUAAUUUUAGAUUUUAUUGGAACGGUGGAAGAUAGGAGACGAAAUGAGAUAAAUUCAAUACAUCAAAAAAUCAAUGCGAUAAACUCCAAAAACGUCGAAAUUUUGAACACAUUGGUAGAUAAUUUUGAGAAACACAAAGAUGGUAAAAGUGACGAUAUUGAAGCCAUUCGAAAUUUAUUUGAAUUGAAAAUCAAUGGAAACAAAAGAGAUUAUAAGAGAAACCUCCAGAACUUCAACAGACUAGUGCAAACAGCCUCAGAUGAAAUAACCAACAAUGAGCCAGGCCCCUUUGUGAGGUCGCCCGAAGCAUCACGAACCAACAAAAAGAGAGCCAUCAGCGAGCUCUCUAGGCUAGACCGCCAGAAAAACGUUUCUGAGACCCAGAGCGAUGCACCUGAGGAAGAAGCUGUUCUGAAGACAGUGAAGAUGAGAAAGGUCCAGCACAGUCAGGAGGUGCAGUUGAAUUUGAGCGAGAGCGAGAUAAACGAGUUGAUUAGCAUCCAUAGGCUCGUCGAGCUCAAGGGCAAGGACAAGUUGAUGGAGUUCCUCAGGAGCUAA